UAGUUUAUAUCAGACUUCAUUUCGCAACAGGAUUGUUCAAAAGAAAUAUGUCAUCGUCUUCUUCUAACUACUACUGCGCAUUGCUGAAACAUUGUUGCGAAGUCCGGAACCACAUCCAGGCAAAGAAGCUCCAUUGCUACAUAAUCAGAACAUUGAGAACCCCGGAAACCUUUCUGUUAAACAAUCUCAUUAGUACCUAUGGUAAGCUCGGCAACAACGUCUACGCGCAGCGAGUGUUUGAUCAAAUGCCUGAGCCAAAUCUCUUCUCAUGGAAUUCUAUCCUUUCGACUUUUUCCAAAUCAGGUAAAAUUGCUGAGAUGGUAGCUGUUUUCAAUAGAAUGCCAAUCCGAGAUGUUGUGUCAUGGAAUUCGCUUAUUUCUGGUUAUGCUGGCAUUUCCAUUGUUAAUUCAGUGAAGGCUUAUAAUUUAAUGUUAAAGGAAGGAUCCAAUAAUUUAACUCGCAUUACCUUCUCUACAAUGCUUAUACUUGCAUCGAGCCAUGGGUGUGUUAAUUUGGGACGUCAGAUUCAUGGGCAUAUUGUGAAGUUUGGUUUUCAGUCCUAUGUUUUUGUUGGAAGCCCUUUGGUGGAUAUGUAUUCAAAAACAGGCUUCAUUUCUGAUGCAAGGCAGGCUUUUGAGGAGAUGCCUGAGAAGAAUGUGGUUAUGUUUAAUACUAUGCUAACAGGGCUGCUACGAUAUGGUAUGAUUGGAGAUUCAUGGCAUUUAUUUUAUGAUAUGCGGGAAAAAGAUUCUAUUUCUUGGACGACAAUGAUCACAGGCUUCGCCCAAAAUGGUUUGAAUAAAGAAGCAAUUGAUUUAUUCAGAGAGAUGAGAUUGGAAAAUUUAGGUAUGGAUCAAUACACAUUUGGAAGUGUAUUGACCGCUUGUGGAGGUCUUCUCGCCUUGCAAGAAGGCAAGCAAGUUCAUGCAUAUAUAAUUAGAACUGACUAUAAGGAUAAUAUAUUUGUAGGUAGUGCUCUUGUUGAUAUGUAUUGCAAGUGUAAUAGCAUAAGAUCAGCAGAAACAGUUUUCAAGAAGAUGGCCUUUAAGAAUGUUGUGUCCUGGACUGCAAUGUUGGUGGGUUAUGGACAAAAUGGUUACAGUGAAGAAGCCGUUAAAGUCUUCUGUGAUAUGCAAAAAGAUGGAGUCAAGCCAGACGAUUUCACUCUUGGAAGUGUAAUUAGUUCGUGUGCCAACCUUGCAAGCAUAGAAGAGGGUGCCCAAUUUCAUGGCAGAGCUCUGGUUACUGGUCUACUUUCCUUUAUUACUGUUUCCAACGCUCUUGUUACAUUAUAUGGAAAGUGUGGAAGCGUUGAAGACUCCCAUAGGCUUUUUAAUGAAAUGAGUGUCAGGGAUGCAGUCUCAUGGACUGCCCUGGUUUCUGGAUAUGCCAAAUUUGGUAAAGCCAAUGAAACAAUCAGGUUAUUUGAAAGCAUGUUAGCCCAUGGUUUGAAACCUGAUGGAGUUACUUUUAUUGGGGUUCUUUCGGCUUGCAGUAGAGCAGGAUUAGUAGAGAAAGGUAAACAAAUAUUCCAAUCAAUGAUUAAAGAAUACAGGAUUGUCCCAAUUCAUGAUCAUUAUAGUUGCAUGAUUGACCUUUACAGUCGAGCUGGGAAGUUAGAGGAAGCUCAAACUUUUGUAAACCAGAUGCCUUUCAGUCCUGAUGCAAUUGGUUGGGCAACCUUAUUGAGCUCUUGCAGAUUCUAUGGGAACAUGGAAAUUGGAAAAUGGGCGGCUGAAUCACUUCUGGAGUUGGAGCCACAUAAUACUGCUAGCUACAUCUUGCUUUCAAGCAUCUACGCUGCAAAAGGAAAAUGGGCAGAAGUUGCCAAACUGAGAAAAGGAAUGAGGGACAAGGGACUGAGAAAGGAACAAGGAUGUAGCUGGAUCAAAUAUAAGAACAGAGUGCACAUUUUCUCUGCUGAUGACUGGUCAAAUCCAUUUUCAAAUCAGAUAUAUUCUGAGCUUGAAAAACUGAAUUACAAAAUGCUGAAGGAGGGAUAUGUGCCUGAUAUGAACUCUGUUCUUCAUGAUGUUGAGGAUUCAGAGAAAAUUAAGAUGCUUAAUCACCACAGUGAAAAGCUUGCAAUUGCCUUUGGGUUGAUAUUUAUUCCUCCUAAUCUUCCCAUACGUGUGGUAAAAAAUCUGAGGGUUUGUGGGGAUUGCCACAAUGCCACCAAGUAUAUAUCUAAGAUCACCCAGCGGGAAAUUCUUGUGAGGGAUGCUGCUCGGUUCCACUUGUUUAAAGACGGAACCUGCUCAUGUGGAGAUUUCUGGUGA